AUGGGAGACAAUGCUACACAGUACCACAUCUCAUCUUUCUUCUUGGUUGGCAUUCCUGGACUGCAAGAUUUUCACUGUGGGAUUGGCAUCCCUGUCUGCCUCCUGUUGAUUCUGACACUACUGGGGAACAGUGUUAUCAUUAUUACUAUUAAACUAGAGUCAAGCCUGCACGAGCCUAUGUAUUUCUUCCUCUGCAUGCUGGCAAUGAAUGACAUGGCUCUUGCCACUUCCACAGCCCCCAAGAUGCUUAGCAUCUUCUGGUUUGAUUCACAUUGGAUUGACUUUAGUGUCUGCCUAUCACAAAUGUAUUUUAUCCACACAUUUUGCAUUAUUGAAUCAGCCCUCCUUGUUGCCAUGGCCUUUGACCGCUAUGUAGCGAUUUGCAUCCCACUGCGUUAUACAACGAUCCUGACAACACCAAUGGUCAUUAAAAUUGGUCUGGUUGGUACAAUUCGAGCUAUCCUUAUGGUUUUGCCCUGUCCUCUUCUCAUUAGGAGGUUACCAUAUUACACCAAAUAUGUCAUUAAUCAUGCUUAUUGUGAGCACAUGGCUGUGGUGAAGUUGGCCAGUGCCAGCACCCAUGUUAACAGAGCAUAUGGAAUCUCUGUGGCCCUUUCAGUGAUGAUAUUAGACUUGGGGCUCAUAGUCACAUCCUAUAUCAAAAUCCUCCAGGCAGUCUUCCGACUUUCUUCCCAGAAUGCUCGCUCUAAAGCAUUGGGCACCUGUGCUGCCCAUGUCUGUACUAUCCUUGUCUCCUACACCCCUGCAUUGUUUAGCUUCCUAACUCACCGCAUUGGCAAGAAGGUACCACCAAGCAUCCACAUAAUUUUUGCAAGUUUGUACCUUCUAGUGCCCCCCACGGUCAAUCCCCUGGUGUAUGGUGUCAAGACCAAACAGAUUCGUGACCGAGUGGUAGGUCUCUUUUUCUCUAUCAAGAAAAUUUCUAAAAGCUAA